AUGUCCACUGCUUACAAGUCAAUUAAGGCAACCCUAGUACUAUGCCAAGGGGCAGUAGUACAGCGCCGUUGCAUUGGUUUAGGUUUAUUAGCCGGUGGUGGUGGUGCCCUAAUAGCAAACGGCGCUAUACAUGCCGGUGCCGGGCUAGUGCAUGAACUUAGCGCUGACAAUCAUGGAGGUGCCAAUGGUAGCGCUUACGGUGAUACCGGUGCUACUGGUGGUGGUGCUGGUGGGCUAAGUGGCAUCGGUAGUGCCAUCGGUAACGGUAUCGGCACUGGUAUUGGUGUGGGAGCGAGUAAACUGACGGGCGGUGUGACAGGUGUUUUAGACGGAAAGGGAAGUUUGAUUGACCAUGCUGUUAAUUAUGUGGCUGGGGGUGGGGUCAGUGGUGCUAUCGGUACUGCCGUGGGUAGUGGUGUCGGCGCCGGAUUGAGGGAAACGAUGGGUGGCGUGAAGGGUGCGUUAGGCGGUGAGGACACUAUGUUAGGCAAAGCUACCGGUGCUGUAACGGGAGUGAUUGGAAAGGGUGCCGCAGUUGGUGUCUAUGGAGCCGGAAAAGAUUUAUUUGGGAAAGUAACAGGUGGCUCUGAGCAAGGUGUGGCACUGGAUCAGGUUCAUAUGGUGGUCAAACCGGAAACCUUUUUGGUGGAAAUGGAGGUUCAUUAG